UUUCACUAAGUUGGAAUUAUAUCUGAUGCUUAUAAUCAAUUUAUUUCUUAAUUUUGUAUUUGAAACAUUUUAAAAACAUUUAGAAUGAAUUCUCCAAGUCUUUCAGAAUUUGGUGAUUUUUCAAGAUUAGGUGAUGAUUUUUCAUUUCAAACGUCUACACCUGUUGCAAAAAAGAAACUUAAAUUAUCAGAACAAUCUAUUCUAAAUUCAUGUAAUAUUACUUCAGAAUUUAUAAAUGAUGAAUUUUUUGAUGACUGUUUUCCUGAAGAAAUUUCAUUUGAAAAUAAAACCAAGAAUUCAAAGGAGCUUUUAUCUCCAGGCCAUCAAACCCAUAACCAUUCCGUUCAAAUUUUUCCUGAGGAUGAUAUACAAGAGGCUGAAUUAGCAAAUGAGAGGAAUAGAAGUGAUGGUGAGGAUCCUUCGGGACCAUGUCUUUCACAAACUGCAAAAGCUCAAGCGUCUAAACUUUUAACACAAUAUAAAAUUAAUGAUUCUUUUUCAUCUCCAUUGCGAAAAUCACCAUUUCAAUCACCUUCUUCAAGUAACAGCUAUUCCAGUGAUAUAAUACAGAAACUAAAGCACAAUGUAUCUUCAAGUCCCAAAACUUUAAUUUCACGUCAAAUGAAGAAAACAAGUCUUUUAUUUGCUUUAGAUGAAGCUCAAAAGCUACAUGAGCAGCUUUCACAAACUUCCGUUGGUCCAUUCUUUGGGUUACCAUCUAAAAUGUCUGAGCUUCUACGAAGCCACAAAGGAAUAGAUGAAUUAUAUCCAUGGCAAAAGGAAUGCUUAAUGCUUCCUGCCGUAAAGCAGAAGAGAAAUUUAAUUUACUCUUUGCCUACAAGUGGAGGGAAAACUUUAGUAGCUGAAAUCUUAAUAAUUAGAGAACUAUUAUGUUAUUUUAAAGAUGCUAUCCUUGUUCUUCCUUAUAUAUCUUUAGUGCAGGAAAAAGUUCGUGGGUUGGCACCAUUUGCUAUUGAUCUCGAUUUUGUCAUUGAAGAAUGUGCAGGCAUUAAAGGCACAAUACCCCCAAGAAAAAGAAGGAAACGUCAUGUACUUUAUAUUUGUACUAUAGAAAAAGCCCAUUCUCUUGUCAAUUCUAUGAUUGAAGCAAAGCGAAUGCAUGAAAUUGGUCUUAUUGUUGUAGAUGAGUUACAUAUGAUUGGUGAGCAGGGUGGCCGUGGGGCUGUUCUUGAAAGCUUGCUGUCAAAGGUUACAUUUGUAUCAAAACGAACUCAAAUUAUUGGAAUGAGUGCUACCCUGAGUAAUAUGAGUGAUCUUCAAGAAUUUUUAAAUGCAGACAUUUAUGAGAAAGAUUUUCGACCAAUUGAGCUGAAAGAAUAUGUAAAAGUGGGUAAAGAAUUGUAUGAAUUGGCAGAUAAGCGUUCUGAAGAAUGGCAACUUGUUCGUAAUCUUGACUUCAAUUAUUCAAAAGAAAUGCUUUGUCGGGAUCCAGAUAUGAUUACUGGCUUAAUUCUUGAAGUAAUACCUCAAAACUCUUGCCUUGUUUUCUGUCCGACCAAAAAACACUGUGAGAAUGUUGCAAAAAUGAUUUGCCAGUUUCUACCAGAUUUUAUAGUUGAUCAUCGAAAAGAGGAAAAAGAACUUCUUAUACAUACUCUUAGGCAAGAAGGCAAUGGUAAUGUUUGUGAAAUUUUAGUGCAGUCAUUUAAAUAUGGUGUUGCUUACCAUCACAGUGGUUUAACCAUGGAUGAACGUAAACUGAUAGAAGAGGCCUAUCAGAAUGGUAUUUUAUGUUGUUUGACUUGUACUUCAACUCUUGCUGCAGGUGUUAAUUUGCCAGCAAAGAGAGUCAUACUUCGUGCUCCAUAUGUUGGUAUGGAAUUUAUUACUUUAAGCCGUUAUAAACAAAUGAUUGGAAGAGCUGGUAGAGCAGGAAUUGAUGAUUCUGGUGAAAGUAUUUUAAUUAUAAAACCAACAGACAGAUUUAAUAUGGGUAAACUAUUGACAUCUGAAAUGGAUUCUUGUCAAAGCAAUUUUAUUACUGAACCUGAGCGUCUUCACACUCUUUUUCUGAGUUUAGUUGGUUUGGAUAUAGCUAGCACUACAUCCGAGGUGCAUUCAUUUAUGGAGCAUACGUUGGCUGCCGUACAGAGUCGAAAAAUAGAUUCCACUCCAAGUUCACUUAUUGAAGAUGCAAUCAAAAACUUGUGCAAGCAUGGUUUAUUGAAAUAUGACUCGGGAAAUCCUAAUUCUUAUUCUAUAACCAAUUUAGGAAGAGCUGCGUUUCGUGGAGGCAUUGACAUUCCUACUGUUGAAGAAUUUAUUAAACGUUUAAGUCAAGGUUUAAAUGGUCUGGUUUUGCAUUCCUAUUUACAUUUAUUAUAUUUGAUUACACCUGCAGAAUUCUCUACUUCUAUACCAUUUUCUCCUGAUAUAUUCUAUCAAGUGUAUACUUCUUUGGAUUCAUAUGAUAUUGCAGUAGCAGAACAGAUAGGUGUAUCUGAGCGCAUGGUUAUGUUAAUGGCUAGUGGACAUUCAUUUGGAAAGAAUAAGAUUUUAUUACAUCAUUUUUAUUUAUCUUUAAUUUUGUAUGAUUUGUGGAACCAAAAUUCUGUUUGGUAUGUUGCCCAAAAAUAUCAAGUUCAUCGUGGUGUGAUCCAAAACCUUCUAAACAGUGCUAGUGCGUUGGCUAGUACAUUAUCAAAUUUUUGUCAAGAACUGAAAGAGUUCUGGGCUUAUCAACAAUUGUUACCUGAUUUUGUGAAGCAGUUAUCAUAUUGUGUUACAAUGGAGUUGCUUCCUUUGAUGGAACUUCCUGCCGUGAAGCGUGGGCGAGCUAAACAGUUUUAUACUGCAGGAUAUAAAACUUUAACUGAUAUUGCAAAAGCAAAUCCAAGAGAGUUGAUGGAGAAAAUUGUUCAUUUACCUUAUAAGAUAGCUAAUCAAAUUGUUUCUGCUGCUAAAAUGAUAAUUAUGGAAAAAGCUGAGGCCUUACAUGAAGAAGCUGAGUUGUUAAUGGAAGAAUUUGACAAAAAUUUUUCUAUGUUAAAUGAAGCUGUUAAUGUCUCUAUUCCUUCAUGAUAAUUUUCACACUUUUAGUUGUUUGGUUAAUAUUUAUAUUAAAAUAAAUAUUUAUUUUACCAGUUUGAAGGAAUUCUGUUUUGAUU